UCGGAGCCGCCUCAGUGCUCGGAGCUCGCUGGCGCUGCGCUGCUGUAGCCGUCGCCGCUGCAUCCCGCCAGCCCGCCCUCGGCGCGUUCCCGCCUCGCUCCGAUCCCUGCCGCGGGCCCGGGGCGCGCUCGGUCGCUCCGGGCAGUGUUCCGGUUGCAGCCCCGCUGCGAUGGCCACCAAGAUCGACAAGGAGGCUUGCCGGGCGGCGUAUAAUCUGGUGCGCGACGACAACUCGGCAGUCAUCUGGGUGACUUUUAAAUAUGAAGGCUCAACCAUCGUCCCCGGGGAGCAGGGAGCCGAGUACCAGCACUUCAUCCAACAGUGCACAGAUGACGUCCGGCUGUUCGCCUUUGUGCGCUUCACCACCGGGGACGCCCUGAGCAAGAGGUCCAAGUUCGCCCUCAUCACGUGGAUCGGCGAGAACGUCAGCGGGCUGCAGCGCGCCAAGACGGGCACAGACAAGACGCUGGUGAAGGAGGUGGUCCAGAAUUUUGCAAAAGAGUUUGUGAUCAGCGAUCGGAAGGAGCUGGAGGAAGAUUUCAUCAAGGGCGAGCUGAAGAAGGGUGGUGUCACCUUCCUGCCACCGUGA